UGUGACAGCUCUAGCAAGCAUUACCUCGCUCUCGAGCUCGAUCAAGGAUGACGGGGCCGCUGAGACGAGAUCGUGUAGAUGGUCAACCCACGUACAAACCGUCGUGUUAUGUGGGGAACAUGACGAUAGCAAUAGCCGUUGCCACUGCAACUUGGAUGUCGCAUGCUGCAGCUGCAGCUGCUGCUGGUGCUGCUUCUGCUCGCGAUUCUGCGCUCUUUGUCGUGCCUGUGACCCGGCCGGGAGCGCCGGGGACGAGGAUGUCUAGGGGAUCCGAGAAGGCUGUAUUGUCGUCGGCGGUAGGGAUGCAGCGGUCGAGGUGGUGCGACAGGAGUACGGGGGGCGCGCGACGCACAAGGGCCUGGGUGCCAGGAUUGGCGGCCUCGUCAGAUGAUGAUGAUGAAAACGGCGGGAAGGAGAGCAGCAGCGGCGGCGGCGACGACGACGAUAACGUUAACUGGGGGAAGAUCAAGCCUGAGCCUGGACAAGAGCCGGACUGGGACAAGAUCCUGCCCAAGGGAAAGGAAGCGCCGGAAAUGCCUCCCGCGCCGCCCGGGCUAUCCAAGCUUGACCCAAGGGAGAGACUGACGGCGUACGCGGGGAUGUUGGACUGGGAGCCAAUGGAUCUGGACGAGGAGGAGGAGAAGGAGAAGACGUACGAAGACCUUAGCAAGGAGAUGGGCGACGAGUGGCUGGCCAACAAGCUGCAGUCGGCCCUUCGCAAGAGCCAGAACCGGAACGUUCAGAGCAACGUUAACAAGGCCUACAUCAAAGAGUGGCUGGACGAAGAGAAGGAGAAGCUGGACGAAACCGCCGAAGACCUAAAGGAGGCCUACAGAAAGGACGCGGAAAGGAUAAAGAAGAGGAUGAUGGAGGAGUUCGACAAAGAGGCCCGCGUGAUGGACAUCAAGGUCGCCAACAUCAUAGCCCGGGGCAAGAGCAACUUUACGCAAUUCACGGGGCCCCUAACGGACCAGACCGCCUUUCCGGCAUCAGUCGCCGCUGAGUUCGCCUACCUUGCUGAGGACGAAGCCGCCUUUUAUGAGGAGUUGGGGGUUGCGCCGCCUUCGUCGGAAGGGUCGCCGGACACGGUGACCCUGGAGGAGCGCAACCAGAUGGAGGCGGAGAUGCGCACCCUCUCCCCGGCCGACGUGAUAAAGCAGGCCUCCGCCCAGGCGGCGGCGGCGGCCAAGAAAAACGCCUCCGCCGCCGCCGCCGCCGCCCGCCGCGCCGCCGAGGCCGCCGGUGCGGUCGUCGUUGUGGGCGCCGGCGACGGGGAGGACGGGCCGCUUGGGGCGGCCGUGCUCGCGCUCUUCGAGGAGGAGGUGGCGGGGGUCGGGGAGAAGGGGGCGGCGAGGGUUUCCUCCGUGUCGGGGGUGCCGCUGUCGGCGGCGAAGGGCUUGGGGGGCGAGGGAGGGGGUGAUGGUGAUGUUAGGGCCGCGCUCGAGGGGGUGAAGACGCUGGUGAUUGUGCCCGGGGACCCCGGGAGCAAGAAGAAGAAGGGGGGGGUUGGGGGUGGGCUCGGCGGGUUGUUCGGGGGCGGGGGGGCCGAGGAUGCUACGAAAGGGGAGGGGCUGUCCGAUGAGGAGGUGGUGGGGUUGCUGGACGCCUGCGGGAAGAGUCUGAAGCACGUGGUGUGUCUCUCGGUAGGCGGUGCAUCGUCUGGGGGAGGGGGCGGUGGGUUGUUCGGCGGCGGGGGCGGGGGGGCGGAAGACAAGGGGUUCCCGGCAGAGAGCACGGCGGAGCAGGCGGUGAUCCGCGUCGCGAAGGCGAAGGGGGUGUCAUUCACCACGGUGAGGGUGUCCAAGCUGUUAGCGGAGGACCGCGGUGCCAUCGACCCGAUGCCCCUGAUAGUCCCGAGGAACUCGCCGAGGGCGGACGGCGGCAGGUCUACCCUCCCGGCAGCGUCGCGGUCCGUGGCGGCAAACACCAUCUUCAGGGCCUCCUACCAGCCGGAGGCGAGGCGCAACUCGACCUUCGCGGUGUCCGACUUCCCGACCUCCUGGCCAGUGCCCUCCAGCGGCUGGGUGGACGAGUUCCUCAAGCUCACGGGGCCGGAGCUCCUGCGCAUCCCCAUACCGGCGACGUUCGAGGGCCUGUCGGAAGGGUCCGGAACGUUCCAUGCGUGGGCGUUCUUGAGGGAGUGGGCUCAGCUGUGGACCGAAGAGGGCACUGGUCUUACCACGCGGGUGAAGGUGUUUGUGGACGAGGAGGCCCGGAGAGCGGGGCUGUACUUCGACCCUUCCCAGACCAAGUACCUCUCGGCGAAGGAGGAGCGAGAGGCCGAGGAGCAGAGGGCCGCCAGGGAGAAGAAGAGGGGGUCCAGCGGACCGCCCAGCAAGACCCGGAACCUGCUCAAGAAGGAGGGCGGCGUGGACAUCAUCGUGGAGGACAGGCCGUACCCACGCGUGAGGGUAGUCCGUGCAAACAUGGGCCCCAAGACUAUCGUCAAGGAGAUGUCGGAGCAACUCAUUCUGGACAAGCUCAAGAAGGACGUCAAGACCUGGAUCGUAAAGCAGCCAAAGACGUAACAGCAAUGGGUAGGGUUGUGUACCAGGCUUUUUUUUCUUUUUUCCGGUUUUUACGCCUUUCAGGAAUGUGUUUUGAGAGGCUCCAGCCAGGGUCACACAGGAAGAAGGCUAGUGAAGCACUGGAGUGUGGUGGAUGUUUGCUGUGUUUACAGAAAGAAGUGUCAAUGCUGCUGUGUGCAUGUCAACAUUGUACAACGGAGAUGGAGACGCGUCGGUGUUUGUGGUCCCCUGGCUAGCUCGAUCGAUUGCUCGGAGGUUGGAAGUGAGUCAGCGGCAGUUACCAAGUCAAGACGACAGGAUGUGAAAGGAAGGACGUCAACUCUUCGUGCCGCAUGAGUUGGGCGUGCACAGCAGCAGCGGCCAGUGUGUGUGGAAGCCUUAUUUAGAGCCGAUGUUGUUAUUCCGAGGUGCUAUGAUGCCGACAGCAUAUUUGUCGACACACGUGCACAAGAGAGAGGGAGACAGACAGACAGAGACAAGAGAGUUCGCUGUUUCCGAGGCGGCGACGGUGCUGACAGGAUAAGAGGAAGGGGGAGGAGUGGGGCGUACAACACACGGAGAUGGAGUUGGGUAGGUGCGGGCUCCAGCGGGAUGUUGUCGCACUCUGUGCACCGUACCGCAGGAGGAGGAUUUCGCGUGUCUUGUUCAGGUGGCAAUGAUGCUAUCGUUUGAGGUUGAGAUAUGUACAGUCUCUGCCCCCCCCCCCGGUUGACCUAACCCCCCUGCUCUUCGCCUGUGCUCGCUCGUAAAGCAACUCGCAAGUACCAUUUUUCUUUUGUCCAUCCAGCUCAAGCUUUGUAUCUUGGCAGGGAACACUCGACUGGGAGAGAUGCACAGAGGUGCUGAAGGAGUUUUAGUGUGGAUGAUUUGGUAGCUUUCUCCUUUCNGGGGGGGGGGGGGGGGGGGGGGGGGGGGGGGGGGGGGGGGGGGGGGGGGGGGGGGGGGGGGGGCACGCGAUAGAGAGUCGAGUAGUGGUGGAUUGGGGUUGUUGUUUGUUUUCUUGUUUCGAGGUACAUGAGGAUGCGUAUGUGAUGGGUGGCAGUUUCCUCUAGGAGGAGGAGACGAGGGAGGGGUAAGUCGAUGUUUCUGAAUGGCCUCUCUUUGUCGUCUGUCCAUCCACAGGCACUGCAUACAGGCCCCUUGCAUUCCCUUCAAACUCGAGACGGAGCAUGUGUCUGGCUUCGUGCUGUCAGCCUGCUGGGGCGGGUGGUCGUGGUGGGCCGGGCGGGGGCGGUACUAAUGGUCGUAAACGCAUGCCGUAGUCGUUUGGCCGUUGACCUCGCACCCCCAAGAUGGUCGGGACGGAGCGAUAUGCCGAGUUUUCGCCGGCCCAGUACGCGUUCCACAAGGACGAACCAGGGGCUGGUCAUCAUCCUUCCUGGGGGGGGGUAUAACAUGGAAACCCGUUGGAACGAAAAAACCGUUGAACGAGCAAUAAACGUAGGUGGAUUUGAGCCUCACUUUCCCCGUGUCGGAGGUAAGAGGAAGUUUUGUGGGCUGGUAAAGCAGUUGAUACGUAGGUANGGGGGGGGGGGGGGGGGGGGGGGGGGGGGGGGGGGGGGGGGGGGGGGGGGGGGGGGGGGGGGGGGGGGGGGGGGGGGGGUUGAGCGGGAGCUGCUGGUAGCCCACCUAAUUUUCGGUGUUUGAAAGGCUUGGCGAGCUGCAAAGGCCUUGUUUGUUUGGCAUGAUGUGUCGCCCUUGAAGUUCUUUGAAUGUGUUUCCUUAUUUUAGUUCGCAUCGGCCGAGCUCCAAGUCCAAACGGCUCACCAAGCAACGUGAGAAGACCUCUUCAGUCUCGUCAUGUUGUGUCCAUGGGCAUUAGUGUGUGUCUGGUUUGGAUUCGUCACUGAGCGUCAAGACCCGCGCGGCUUUGCGACAAGGUUUCAUUUUGUUUCGGGGCAGGGUUUCGCGCUUAGAAGAGCGCAUGAAAAAAAUGGUGGGAAUUUGCGUCUGUACAUACUAACGAAGAGAAUAUCCUGUUUUGUGAGUUCAACACCCGAGCAACGGGACCAGAUCAUCUGGGAACCUCACUUAUCGCAAC